UUAUAACCAAAGCUACUACCAAAAGCAAUGACUAGGUUAGUGACCUUGGGAGCAAAUUCCUUUUCUUCCGCACCCUCGCUUCCCUUAAUCUCCAACACCUCCUCCCAUUUUCAACUCCCUUCUUCCUUCUCCUUCUCCUUCUCCUCCAAGCUCACUGCUUCAGGGAAGCGUGAUUUGGUUCUACGUGGUUGCAAGACGGAGACGAAGCUACGAGAUUCCAUGGAAUCGGAGAAGGAAUUGCCGGAAUUCAAUAGAGAGCUGUAUCCGAGCAUAGAGCCUUACAGCUCCGGCUUUCUCAAGGUUUCGGAUAUUCACUCAAUUUAUUGGGAGCAGUCCGGAAAUCCCAACGGCCAUCCUGUUAUAUUUCUUCAUGGGGGUCCAGGAGGUGGAACUUCCCCAAAUAAUCGAAGAUUCUUUGAUCCUGAGUUUUACAGAAUCAUCCUAUUUGAUCAGCGAGGUUCAGGGAAAAGUACUCCACAUGCUUGCUUGGAAGAAAACACCACAUGGGACCUCAUUACUGACAUUGAAAAGCUCAGAGAACACCUGGAAAUUCCAGAAUGGCAGGUUUUUGGUGGGUCUUGGGGGAGUACCCUUGCCCUUGCAUAUAGCCAAUCACACCCUGAGAAGGUUACUGGCAUGGUCCUGAGAGGGAUUUUUCUCUUAAGAAAGAAAGAGAUUGAUUGGUUUUAUGAGGGUGGUGCUGCUGCCAUAUACCCUGAUGCUUGGGAGCAGUUUCGUGAUCUGAUUCCGGAAAAUGAGCGGGGAAGUUUUCUUGAUGCUUAUAGGAAGAGAUUAAAUUCCGAUGAUAAGGAAAUACAAUUUGCAGCUGCUAGAGCAUGGACAAUGUGGGAAAUGAUGACUGCACAUCUCCUUCCAAAUGACGAGAACAUCAAGAGGGGGGAAGACGAUAUUUUUGCAUUGGCAUUUGCCAGGAUUGAAAAUCAUUACUUUGUGAACAGAGGAUUCUUUCCUUCAGAUGCAUACCUGUUAGAUAACGUCGAAAAGAUAAGGCAUAUAAAAACUACAAUCGUACAGGGACGAUAUGAUGUUUGCUGUCCCAUGAUGUCGGCGUGGGAUCUCCAUAAAGCAUGGCCAGAAGCUGAUCUCAAGGUAAUUCAAGAUGCAGGACAUUCUGCUAAUGAACCAGGAAUAGCUGCAGAGCUCGUGGCGGCAAAUGAGAAGCUGAAACACAUAAAAAUUGGAGCAUAGGAAGACAGACUAGAAUGGAUAUCAGAGAAUAAAGUGACUAUCUUCUCUUGUGGUACUGUCAGAUAAUGUGAAAGCAUGUUUCACUAUGAGUCCUGAUUUCAAGAAGAAAUCAAGUUGCGAAAAGUUAUAGCACAAGUUCAAUGCAUGUAGAUUGUUUCUAGUUUAUGGUGUGCAGUCCAUGAGGGUUCGGCCACCCAAUACAGCCCCAAACCCUUGUCUCUGCAGUUUUAAUGCAAUUUGGUUUGAUUGUUA